CGUCGAACCUACCUUACCUUAGCAUCUGGACACUCCAACCUUUGACACGAUCAACACCACCACAAUUCCACGUCUCUCCAUUUCCUCUCCACGAAACCACAACGAAGCAGACUUGUCAAUCGACCUCCCAUAACAGCAACUACCUGCCUCCGUUACACGACCGUUGCCGACAUCAGUCCCCGACAACCGGAACACCACCAACCCAACCCACCCCGCAACACAUACACACACACAUACAUAACCACCACCAAAAAUGGCGGACCGCAACCUCCAACAGGUCCUCACCCAGCUCAAGACCAAAGGCUCCUCCCUCCCCUACGCCGAAUCCUCCGCCCUCCUCUCCAAAGCAAAACUACACCUCCUCCAGCUCAACGCCCUCACCCCCUCGAACCCCAAAACCUCCCCCCAGCUCCUCGCCCUCGCCCGCGAGACCUACGAGCUCGGCGCCCUCGCCUCCAUCCGCGCAAAGAACCCAGACGCCUUCACCCGCUACGUCCAGCAGCUCCAGCCCUUCUACGAGCUCCCCUCCAACGUCCUCCCGCCCAACGUCCCCGAGCGCAACAAGGUCACCGGCCUCUACCUGCUUCUCCUGCUCACCCAGGGCCGCUACGCCGAGUUCCACUCGGAGCUCGAGAGCCUGGCCAACCGCGAGGGCGGCGGCGAUAGCAGCGCCGUCGAGGGCGACAAGUACCUGGGCUACCCCAUCCGUCUCGAGAGGUGGUUGAUGGAGGGCAGCUACGACCGCGUGUGGAACGCACUCAAGAGCCGUGAGGUGCCCAGCGAGGAGUACGGUGUCUUCUCAGAGAUCCUCACCUUCCAAAUCCGCUCCGAAAUCGCCUCAAGCAGCGAGCGCGCAUACCCAAGCCUGCCCAUCAGCUCCGCGAAAUCCCUCCUCUUCCUCGACUCCGAGGGCGACGUCAUCUCCUUCGCCCAGGCGCGCGGCUGGAUCCUGAAGGAGGGCCACAUCUUCUUCCCCGACACCGCCGAGGGCGUCGCCGCCGAGGACGGCACCACCGAGAAGGAGAUGAGCCAGAUGGUGAUAGAGAACGCGCUGGGAUACGCCAGGGAACUGGAGACCAUUGUGUAGACGUGGUUUUGCAGAGAGGAAAGGGGGCGUAUGUUUUUGAUGUAUUAAUAUUCAUGCGAUUAGACAGACCAUGAAAGAAGGAAAGCUCGG